CUAGAUGUCGCUUUUUUAAUCACAUCAUCGAGGUGUCGGUGUAUUAUGUCAUAAAACCGUCACACUGUUUUUGCCUGGUCGGAUAAACAAAUGUUCUCUCAUUCAUUACCAAGACGGUUUAACACUGUGACAUAUGCAAAUAAUUUUCAUUGUAAUAUAACGACUUAAAAUGACGAUGGUUUUCUUGUUUUGGCUAAACAGCCAGAAGGGCGAUUGAUAAAAAUCUUCUGAAAAGCAUUCAUCCGUAGCCAAAAUCGUUUUAUUGCAUAGGUAGAGAAAUUGGGCUAUUUUGCUACAAGGAGGGAGAGGAGCUGGACAUCCAGACAGAAGGUGUUUUGAUGUUAGUGCAGUUUCUAUACAGGUCUUAAAACCAGAAUCCAGCAUUCUGCCUAAGGGCGCAGCAGCCACUCUUGCUACAGUGAUGGCUAGGAACUUCAGGAUAAUCGUCUUUGUUUCUUUCUUGGUCUUUGUCAAUUGUCAAGAUGAGGACCGAGGACUUGUUGUGUCCUUACUUCCCGAUCACAUAAGUGAAAUUGUAACGUUCCCUGGAAAAGUAGACAGUUUUGUGUCUCCCAAAGAAACAACAGACGACAAAAAUGGCAACAAAUUUUUAUAUUUCUUUGGCCGAACAGACGUUUUAAGCAUGGCUUGUGACCCAUGGAAUCAUUCUAUAUACGUAUUGGACGGUUUAACACAAAGUUUGUAUAAAAUGAACAAUUUUAACAUAUGGAUGAACGACACGAGAAGAAAUGUUAUUCUGAUGCAUCAAGGUGUUUCGCAUUCCGCUUCUUCCCAGAUAGCGUUUGAUUGGCUUUCUCGGAAUAUCUACUGGACAGACGACCAUUAUAACUGGAUCGGUGUCCAACCUGUGGACACAACCGAUAAAACAAUGUACAAAAUUAUCAUGCAUGACGGUCUUUGGUCGCCUUUGUCUUUAGCUGUGGAUCCUAUCAAAGGUUAUCUGUUUGUCGCGGAGCAUGGUGCCAAUACCGUUAUUGACAGGACUGAUUUAGCCGGCGAAGAUAGAAAGACAAUUAUUACAUCCGUCUCCAAAGUUCCUGAUAUGGUGCUGGACAUUGAAGAAGAAAGAAUAUACUGGAUUGAUAUUGGUAGAAACAGUUUAGAAACGGCAAAGUAUGAUGGGACUGACAGGCGGAUGGUACGACGGUCCACGAACAUUUAUAUUCUGAUGAGUGGCCUCACACUCUACAAGGACGUGGUCUGUCUCACUAAAUUCCAAGAGGGGGAGGUUUUGUGUCUUGACAAGCGAAGUGGGGCUGUUGUCUGGUCAAAUUCUUUUCCUACACAACAACCAUGGAGUGUAGAGGUGUAUGACAAAGAACUACAGAAAAAAGUUCCACACGCAUGUGAGAGUAAAGGAUGUGAUCAUAUCUGUACUAAUACGCCCUCUGGCGCAAAAUGUCUUUGCAAGGAAGGGUUUGAACUUCACACCGAUGGUAGAACCUGCAAAGCUUCACAUAAAUUAUAUGGAAAAGGUUUGCUAAUAGCAAAUGGCACAGAUAUGUGUAUGUUAGACAUUAGAGUGAUCACUGCUCAUGAAAACGAUGUACGAUGUUUCCUUUCCUGGAAAAGCAAUAUCACAUAUGUAGCAGUUGAUGCCAACAAGAACAAGAUUUACUUCUCGGACAACGCUAAUAGGCAGAUUCAGAAAUAUGAUGUUGUGCUCAACGUCACUUCCGUUAUAGCAACGACCUCCAUCGCCAUUUCCGGUUUGGCGUAUGACUGGAUUAACGACGAUAUAUACUGGUCUGAAAAAGACACGGGUAAAAUUAAAGUCACUACUGCAGCAAACAACGUUCGACAGGAGGCUACGAUAUUCUGGGGCCUCGAUCGCCCCUCUUUCCUUACUAUAAAUACCCAUAAUUCCACACUGUACUGGAUAGCCAAUAGAAACGGGCAAUACAGCAUAGAGGGUGGCAGUUUUGAUGGAAUGCAGCGAUGGAAAAUUGCGGAAAAGGCAAUUUUACUCAGUCCUUCCGGGCUAUUUUACGAUAUCACAUACAAAAAAUUAUUCUUCACGGACAAAGGAGAACUGAAAAGCAUUGAUCCAGAUGGAAAAGAUCUCCAUGCUUUAAAUUCUGUUGGAAGUGACGACAAAGUUCUUGUAUACAAGGAUUACGCCCUAGUAUAUAACGGAGGGACAUCUAUUCGAAAUCUAAAUAUACACACUAAAAACUUCCAGCCCGCCAUAAACCUGACAGAUUUCAAGGCAGUUUCUUACGUUGCAGCCUUUGACAAAAGUAUUCAAAAAACGGAAAGAUCUCCUUGUAUGGUUAACAAUGGAGGAUGUGAACAUAUAUGUUUAUUGGACAAGGGACAGAAAAAGUGUCGCUGUGGGUUUGGAUUUACUCUGCGAUCAGACGGACUCAACUGCUCAAGCACCCCUAUGCUGGAGGAGUUUGCGAUGACAGUAGACUAUACACAUGGAAUUCUGUACCAGAUAUCACUCCAAAAUGCGGAUGUAAAAGCAAUAGACAUUCCUGCUCCAAAUUAUCCUAUGUGUGCCACCUAUGACACUAGACGUCACAAAAUAUACUGGACAGACUUUCAAAGAUAUCAAAUUCUCCAAAGUACAAUCUGGGGACAGAAUAAAUCUGUUGUUUUUAAUACAGGUUCCUACAUACCUGGCUCCAUUCAGGUAGACUCUUCAACAGGCAAUAUUUAUUACGCUGCUACCACUUUUGACUUCAUGAAGGGAGUGACGUCACAUAUCGCAGUUGUGCGGCCAAAGAGCGGACAAAAUAAAGUAGUUAUAUCGCAAUUAGAGGUAGUCAAAACCAUAGCACUGCAUCCACAGAAAGGAUGGUUAUACUGGAUCGACAAAGGGGGCGCCCAAUACACUUCAUACAUAGGACGAGGAGCCAUGGAUGGCGACAGUCGUUCGUUCUUUGUGUCCUCCAACUUAUACAGUCCAACUGGUCUAACCGUAGACUACAAAGAUGAGAAGUUAUACUGGUCAGAUAGUUACAUGAAUACUGUCAAUUAUAUUGGACUGGACGGUAACAAUCGGGGAGAGUUGACCCAUGACCCCCGUGCGGACAUAAUGCAUAUUGCUAUUUAUGGUUCUCACCUAUAUUACACGGCUGUGAACCGACAAUUCAUUACAAAAGUCAAUAAAAAGACAGGAACUAUUUCUUCUUGGAUGAGUGAAACGCCGGAAUUUGGACGAUUGGAGACGUUAUCUUUAUAUCCGGGUGACUUAAUGCCAGUCAAUGAAAAGUGUGCAGUUAAUAACGGAUUAUGUAGCACGUUUUGCUUACCGACUCCCUUUGGUAGAACCUGCGCUUGUGAAGAAGGGGUUUUAUUGGAGGAGGAUGGCAGAACCUGCAAAGGGGUUAAAAAAUGUAAUCAGACUAUUCCAAAUGGAGGAUUUAACAUGGAAUGCACCGGUUACUUAGGCAGCACGUGCCGGUACCACUGUUUCCAAGGUUACCUUCCGGCGAGGGCGGACAGCGAGUUACACUGUAAUUACAAUGGAGACUGGGGUGUUCAAGUAGACCAGCUCUGUCAACCCUAUGAUCCUUCUAAGGCUGCUGAAUAUUCAAUGAAGACAAAUACUCUGAAUAAUGCGGCAUUGGGCGGAAUCCUCGGCGGAGUCAUCGUGGUUCUCGUCAUUAUAUUCGUUAUUGUUAUCAUCAUUUUAUACAAGAGGCGAUCUGGAAUGUUUGCUCAUGCCAAAUUUGUGAACGCGCCAAAUGUACAGUUAAAUCCGUCAAAUGCGGAGAAGAUUGACAAGGAUAUAGGAAAGUCCAAGGAGCAUAGCAACGGAACUCUAAAUGGGACAUUGGGAACAAGUAAUCCCGUGUAUGAAUAUAAAGCGGACAAAAACGAUUCAAAUCACCACGUAUAUAGUACAUUGGAUGUAUAGAAUAUGUGAUCAACUGACUAUUCCAGAUAGUAUCAUUCCAGUUUAUGAAAUCCAUCUUGAUAUUAUCAGGGGACAGAAAUCCAUGACUCGUGCACAUAUAUCCCUUUGUGUAUCUAGAGUAGAUUCGAUACUACUUGAUUGAAAGAAAUUUAUGUGCAAGAAUGGAAGGAUGCUUUUGAAGACAUAUUGCGCCCAUGACAGAUCACAAUGUCAAUGGGGAAAAUUUUGCAAAUGUGUAUUUUCUGGUGUCCAUUUUUAUUUUGAUUUGUUGAUUUUUUAUAAGGUGCUGAUGGAAUUUUAUACCCUAUAUA